AUGAAUCUAAUUGCCGGAGCUUUCAAGCCUCCUUGCAACAUCUCAAUCUCCUUUGCUGAUGGAACAACACGCAAGCAGGUUCGCGUGAAGAAGGGAAAUGACCAGGCAGUUAUGGUUCCUCUCUUUCAAAGUCAGGAGAAUAUAGUUGGGGAGGUUAUUGUAGAACCUGCGAGCUGGAAGAAGGUUGAACAUAAUGGUGUAAAAAUUGAGCUUCUUGGUCAAAUAGAAUUGUAUAUUGACAGAGGCAACUUCUAUGACUUUACUUCUCUUGUACGAGAACUUGAUGUUCCUGGAAAUUUAUAUGAAAGGAAAAUAUACCCGUUCGAAUUCUCCACCGUUGAAAUGCCACAAGAAUCCUACAAUGGAAUCAAUGUCAGGCUUAGGUACAUUUUGAAAGUGACAAUUAGUCGGAAUUUUGUCAACAACAUUGUGGAACACGUGGAUUUUGUAGUGCGCAAUUACAUUCCAGCUCCAUCAAUUAAUAAUAGCAUUAAGAUGGAAGUAGGAAUCGAAGACUGCUUACAUAUAGAGUUUGAAUACAGUAAAAUCAAGUAUCAUCUGAAGGAUGUUGUCAUUGGCAAAAUAUAUUUUGUUCUGGUGAGAAUCAAAUUAAAAAACAUGGAACUUGAAAUCAGGCGUCGGGAGUCAACUGGAUCAGGGACCAAUAUGUAUGUUGAGACAGAGACCCUUGCCAAGUUUGAGUUGAUGGAUGGUGUUCCAGUCCGAGGAGAAUCAAUUCCUAUCAGACUGUUCCUCAGUCCAUACGAGCUGACGCCAACAUAUGACAAUAUCAAUAACAAGUUUAGUGUCAAGUAUUUUCUAAAUCUUGUUUUCGUGGAUGAAGAGGACCGGCGGUAUUUCAAGCAGCAAGAAAUUACAAUAUAUCGUCUACUUGAAAACUCCUGA